AUGCACGGCAAGCUGAGUGAAAUGGAAUUGCGCAUUGCUGCGCGCCUAAACAAAGAGAUUGGCAAGGAUGCCAAUCAACUGCAUCGAGCGGCAUUUGUAGUCGAAAAUUACAAGCAACAACUGCAAAACUCAAAUCAAACCCUUAACUAUGAGGAGCCGCAGAAUGUGUCCAGCUACAAGUCGGCGUUCCACUGCCAGCAGCAGGUGUGCGACAGCAUUGACUUUGAGCUGGAGAAAUUGGCCCAGUUUAGUGCGAAACUCAAAUUAAAGCUUAAGGAGUGCCAACCAGCCUUGGUGGGCGUGGCAGAGGAUCUGCAGCAGGUACGGCAGCUGCAGAGUGUGACGCAGUAUCUGCGACUCGUGCAGGACAUACAGGAGAUCAGCGCUGCCUUGGGCGGUGCCAUCAAUGGCAAGGAUGAGGCCAAGCUGGUCAACAUCUAUCUAACGCUCUACGAGGGCAACGACAGCGAGCACAGUGUGGUGGGACGCCUGCAGGCAGUCAAGGCGCGCACCUUGAAAUCCUAUGCGGAAUCCACAGCCAUCUAUUGGCAUAAGCUGCUCAUGCAGCGUCUGUCCAGCGAAUUUGAAGCGGUGCUCAAGAGCCUGCGUUGGGCACACAUGGAGCAACAGCCUCUGAACUAUUCCCCCAGCCGAGACACUGCCAAGGCGCAACUACUGGCCGAAUAUAUGUUCCUGAUCAAAUCGCCAGCGGAGGAGCAUGCGCCACUUCAAAGCAUCACACCCAGCAUUGUCUGCCAACCCAUUAGUCCCGUGGUGCAGCUGCUCCUGGCACCGUAUCGCCAACGUUUCAUGUUCCACUUUACGGGCACGAGGCAGACGAAUCGUUUGGACAAACCCGAAUGGUUCUACACACAGAUUCUCAACUGGGGCAAGGAAUCGCAUUUCUUUGUGGGGAAUACGUUUCAACCAAGCGCCAUGAAGGCCGGCAAACUGGACUACAAUCUUAGGCUGGAGUUUGUGCGCGGUCUUGUGCAGCUUUCCAUAGAAAAGCUCGCCGUGGACAUUGAGCAAAUAGCGCAGGAUGAGAAUCUGUUUGCUCACCUCGUAGAUGAAACUUUGGCCUUUGAGGCGGAGCUGUGCGAGACUUUUGGUUAUCCGGCAAGUUUUCCCAGCGCCAUUUCAGUGUUGACACAGCCCAGAUAUCUGCUACGCUGGAUUGCUCUGGAGGAGCAGUUUUGUGCGGAGAAAAUGGAUGACAUACUGCAGGCGGAGACACCGUUUCAGCUGAUUGAUCCCAUCACCUAUGAGGAUGAUCUGAAGAUACCAAGAUGUGCUGAUCAAUUUAUGCGCCUGCUGGAGGCCAUCAAGGAUCGCUACUAUGGACUCAUACAACCAGGACAUCAGCUGCAAUUCCUGCAGUUGCAACUGGAGCUAAUCGACAGCUUCCGGCGCCGUCUGGUGCAAUUGCACAGCAGCGGAGCCGUGCCCAGUUUAUCCGUACUGAAUGCCAUCAAUUACUUGAUCAUGGUGCUUCGGGAGUGGGGCGAGAAUGUCCACUACUUGCAUCUGCAUUCAGCACUGGCCGGACCCAAUGCCAGCGAGAUUAAUUCGGUGUUUGAACAUGCCGUUGCCGAGCUGGAGCAUUGGGCACAUCAGCUGAUGAAGAAUCUGGCCAACAAGUCGGUCAAUGAAAUGAAGGCCAAGUCUAUGAAUUAUCGUCAUGAUGCCUGGCCAAAUAUGCCGGAGCAGAACAGCAAGGAACCCUUUAUACUCUCGCCAAGCGGUGGUGAAAUGUUCCAAGUGCUGGUCACAUUACUUCACAAUCUGGAGCGUGAAUUGUCCGCCAAUCUGUUUAAUCAAACACUGCGCUUGAUAGCCCAACAAAUUGAUGAAUUCAUGCUGGAGAAUAUGGUGAUGAAUACGAGAUUCUCCACAGCCGGAGCAUCGCAAUUCAAUUAUGAUAUGACAUUGCUCUUUGCGCUCUUCGGUCAACAUACGCGACGUCCCGAGCUGCUCUUCAAGCGAAUUCAUGACGCUUGCAAAUUGUUAACUGCGGCGCGGGGAACAGCGCUAUUAUUGCUUGAAACACUGCGGAGCGGUCAGACGACUGAGGAGAAGACGAAGCCACUGCAUGAACUCCGCGUGCUCAGCUUGGACAGCAAACAGUGCAUCGAGGUGCUCGAGAGACGGACAGACAUUAAAAUGUUUUAAUAAUAAAGCAGACGUGGCAAAUUUA